AUGGCACUUUAUCUCGCAAACUUCCCGAAGCUCAAGCAAUCAAUGCUCGCACAACAGGGGUCUUCCGUUUUUGUAGAUCUCCAGUUCAUUGAUGAACUCAAGGCUCCAGAGGAUGGGCAUUGUAAUGACGAAGAACUAAAGCUUGACGAAAGCAUUGUGGUGAAGCAUGCUUACUACUUCUUUCAAAUCUUUAAGGUUUUCAUCGGAGAUCUCAUCUUCUCAAGUGAAGAACGUGAAAUCAGUCGCCAAUAUUUCCAAAAAGUUUCUGCAAUGGAUGCUUUAAGGGUGAUAUCAGUUGAACUUCAGUUCAUUUAUGACAUUCUCUACACCAAAGCAUUGGUAUUACAUUUUAAGUUGAGCUACUUUUUCCGCUUCAUAGCCUUCACUCACAUUGUGUCGGCUUUCAUCUUGUUCAAUCGCUUGAAAAGCGAUAAGAUCCAUGCACCUGAUGUGAGGAUUACUUAUUCCCUUCUUCUGGGAGGGAUUGCUCUUGAUGUCAUAUCUUUGCUCAGGCUCAUUUUGUCUGAUUGGACGGUUGCUGAAUUCAAACUCUACAACAAAAAAUUAUCUCAACAAUAUUCAUUUCUCAACAAUUUGGUAUCCGCCAUGGAUCACCUGAGGAAGCCUCAAUUUGCCACAUGUACUCAGCCUAAUGCCACAGUUACUUAUAAGGUCUUAAAUACACCAUUAAUCUUUCAAAGGUGGUCAGAAUCCAUCUCUGCUUGCAACUUUUUCUCUGAGUUCUUGAAGGAGAGUCCAAGAAAGAUGCAUAAGCAGAAUCGGUCUUGGGGCAUCCUUGUUCUUUGUAAUAUCUGUUGUUUUCCGAUCUUUAUGGCUAUGAAGAUCAUCUCUUGUUUCCAACAAGCUGGUGGUGGGACAAGAGUCGGAGGUGGUGGUCGGGGGGCCUUUAUGCAUGAUAGAGGAUUAAUGAUUACAGAGAUGAAGUACGUGUCGAAGAAUCCCUUUAUUAAUAAGCUAUGGAUCUAUAUCUUUGAGGAGGUGAGACGUAAAGCUAAGGACGCAAAUGACCUAACAAAGGUGAAGGAGAUAUUUGAUGCCAGAGGUGGCAUGUUUCUCCAGAGCAUCGCUCAAGAGAUCGAUUGUGGCAAUCUUUCAGCAUUUGUCACUGGAGCUAAUUAUGACUUUGCUAUUUUAACAUGGCAUAUUGCUACUGAAAUGUGGUACAACAUGGAGAAACAAAAUAUGAACUCCACACUUAGAAAUGAAGAAAGGGAAUUUAGCAAGAUCCUUUCUGACUACAUGAUGUAUCUCCUACUUAAUAAACCUAGUGCGACAUCCGUAGUGCGGGGCACUUUCGAAAUGACAGUAGACAAGGCGUCGCUUGAGAUGAUGCAAAAUGGUUGCAACACCACGAAUGUGGAGAGGCUAUGCGAGAAAUUGUUUCAUGUUCCUACUGAAACCUUCAAUUUGACAUCGCCGCUCGGCGAGGGGAUGAAAUUGGCACAUGAGAUGGAAAGGCUUAGGGAAGAGAAAUGGAAGGUGAUGGCCGGAGUGUGGGUUGAGAUGCUAUCAUAUGCAGCAAUUCAUAUCAAGGGAAAUGAACAUGUGCUGUUGUUGAGCAAAGGUGGAGAGCUUCUAACCUUCGUUUGGCUAUUGAUGGCUCAUUUUGGUUGUUUCUACAAACCUGAAUGGGGCAUCUCUCGUGAGAGAUUUCAUAUGUAUCGACCAGCAAGAUAA